AUGUCUAAUUUUAUCAUUACCUACCAGAAGGGUGCUGUCACAAGCCGCCAUCAAUUCAGUCCCUUGUAUCUUCAAAAGCUUCAAAAAUGCAUUCUUAUCGCAGCGGGCCUUCACGGUCGACACCGGCCAACGUACAGUGUCAAAAAACGACACUAUUCAUAUGAAUGCCAAGCGACCGCCCAAGAGAGGCCAUAUGUUUCUCGGCCCUCACGCACACAGCAACUUCGCAACCCCAAACUCGUUCCCAAGCUCACUAAUGAUGCCCCGAAUCCCUUGGAGAAAAAGUACGUUGUCUGGCGCGGCGCCGCAGAUGAGGAACUUGCUAAGAAGGAGGCUGAGAGAGAAAGGAGACGCGCAUUGGAAGACGACGACGAGGGGCUGGAUGAGCCCCCGCGCCGGCCGAGGUCACCUUCUGUCGAGUCUGUGUCAACAGUGUCUACAAACUCGCGCGGUGGCUCAGCAUCGCCACCUAGGCGCCGACAAGAUCGACAUAGCUCUGAAAAUGUCGAAGAGGCUGGUGAGAUUGCCGAGUCACCACCCAGACGGCAGCUGUCGAGAAGUCCGUCGCCGCGCCGCAGCAGGGAGGAGCAUACCGAUCGGCGGCGAGUAUCCCCGAGGGGGUCAGAUCGCAGGCGCAGGGAGGAGUAUCGCCGCCGGUCACGGUCGCCACGGGAGCGACGCGACAGAGAAGAACGUCGCGGGCAUGGGGAUCACAGAGGUCGCGGAGACAAUCGCGAACGGCAAAACGCUGCCCCAAAGAGUCCGCCCAGGGAACGGAGUCUAAGUCCCUUUAGUCAACGUGUAGCCAUGACGCGAUCGAUGCAGCGGUAA